AGGAAGUCAGUCGAGCACGAGGAUGAGAGCCUUGUGACAAUGGAGUCGCUCGAAGCAGAUCAGAUGGAAUCAGGCGUGGACAUGGAGCAAAUUGAUCUUCCCGAGCCGAGUACAAGAGCUGAAAAGUUACAAGUGAGGAGAAAAUGUCGAGCGCCGCCUUCAACUCCGUUGCAAGUGGACGACAUGCAGAUCGACGAGAAGAUGAUUCCUUCGACAUCGCGGAUCUCCACCGAAGGAUCUUCCAAAGAGAUGGGAGUGUCUGCAGCUCCGGAGCCAAUGAAAGGGCUCGUGGAAGAGGAGGAGAAGCAGGUUAUGGAAUUUGUUGAAGUUUUGAUUCGCACCGAAAACAUGAAGAUGCCUCCUGCUUCUGCUCACCCCCCUCCUUCGAAGGGGGAGAGGGAGGACGAGAAGCAUCCAAUUUUCAUUGACUUGGAUCGUCUAGAGGAAGUGGACAUGGAGAGACAUGUGGUUUCGAGUAGAGUUAGGUCUAAAACGAUAAUACCUGACGGUCCCUCAUCUUCUCGUUCUGGAGUUCUUCGAGAUGAUUUAUUCAUACGGAAGGAAGGAGGAGUAGGUCCAAGCUCGGACCCAGAAUCGUGUCGUGACAGGAGGAAUACGGAUUAUGGGUCCACCAGCUCCAAGGAUAUUGAUCCCCGAUGGAGGAGGGGCUUUUCUGCAAAGAAUCGAAGUGAGCAUGAGGCACGGACAACGAGGGAAGAGGUAAAGCAGGUAGUUCUUCCAACAGGACCACAACCAAAAACACAAUUUGGAGAGGAAUCACCGUCGGCUAGAUCCUUCUCACAGAAGCAAAAAGAAGUGAAAACCAAAGGUAACCAGGGUCCAGUUGGUAUGAAGAGACCUCGUGGACGACCGAAGAAAAACCUUAGCCAAAAGCCGCAAACUAGGCGCACGGCACAACGUACUUCACGAGGAAGAAGGAGGAGAAAAGGAACUCCAUCCACUUCCAGUGAAUCAGAAGACGAAGACUCGGAGGAUGAGGACGUUGCUGAGGGUGUGAUAGCAGCUUCGUUGGGAUUUCCCAAGGACAGUUUAUCAGAAGAAGAGAAGAAACUAGGAUUCUUCUUUUCCAUACCCAACUUCAAAGAAUCUGAAUAUGUAGUUGUUAGAAAUCAUAUUCUUGCGAAGUGGAGAGAAAAUGUGAGUUGUUGGUUGACCAUGGCAACGGUGAUGGACAGUAUUCAAGGUCAGUUCCUACAUGUUGCAAAUGUUGCAUAUAAUUAUCUCUCAACUUUCGGUUAUAUCAAUUUCGGAGUAGCUCCGGUUAUCAACUCCCACAUUCCUGAUGAGGCAACCCAUGCAAGAGUGAUUGUCAUAGGAGCGGGAUUGGCUGGGCUGGCAGCUGCGAGACAACUUAAGGCUUUUGGCCAUGAUGUUGUGGUUUUGGAAGCAAGAAAACGGCCCGGGGGUAGAGUUCUCACCCACACAAUGAGGGGCGGUGAUCUCACUGCUCCUGCUGAUCUAGGAGGAAGCGUUCUCACAGGACUUCAGGGGAAUCCAUUGGGUGUCUUAGCACGCCAACUAGGCUUAUAUCAGAAGUCGAUCAAAGACCAUUGUCCUCUUUAUCAUCCUCAAGGCAACCCAGUAGACCCGGAUAUGGACCAAAAGGUGGAAAGAUAUUUCAAUGAGCUUCUGGACAGGGCUAGCAAAUGGAGAAGAGAGGUAUCAGCUGUUUCUGAAUAUAUGUCUUUAGGAUCGACCUUGGAGACUCUAAGAGGUCUAGGGAAUUUCACACUAAACAGCGAAGAAUCACAGAUACUUGAUUGGCACUUUGCAAAUUUAGAAUUCUCGAAUGCUGCUCUACUGUCAGAUCUUUCGCUUGCGUAUUGGGAUCAGGAUGAUGCGUACGAGAUGGGCGGUGACCAUUGUUUCCUUAACGGUGGUAACGUGGAGCUGAUAAACGCCUUAGCUGCUGGACUUCCAAUAUUUUACGACACUAAAGUGGAGUUAGUAUCCUAUGGGAGCGGACAGGUUCUUGUCAGAGCAGGCCAAAAUCUAUUCCAAGGUGAAUUUGCUUUGUGCACGGUCCCACUGGGGAUACUGAAACGAGAUCUCAUACAGUUCGAACCGCAGCUACCGAAGUCGAAGCUGCUUGCAAUUGAACGACUAGGAUAUGGUUUGUUGAACAAAAUUGCAAUGUUAUUUCCCUAUGCAUUCUGGGGUGAAGCACUCGACGUUUUUGGGCAUGUCGGAGCUCAUCGAUCCAACCGAGGAGAAUAUUUUCUGUUCUACAGUUACGCUGGUGUUUCAGGGUCACCUCUUCUUAUCGCUCUGGUGGCUGGAGAGGCUGCUGUUUCGUUUGAGCACACGAACGCAGUUGAGAAUACUGCAAGGCUGGUGACCAUUCUCCGAGACAUAUUCGAGCCACAAGGAGUCCCCGUUCCAGAUCCUCUACAGGUGGUUUGCACCAGGUGGGGCAAAGACCAGUUCGCGUUGGGCUCAUAUUCGAACAUAGCAGUAGGAUCGUCGGGAAAAGAUUACGAUAUUCUUGCCGAAAGUGUCGGGCAAGGACGCCUUUUCUUCGCUGGUGAGGCCACAAGCCGUUACUACCCUGCUACGAUGCACGGAGCCUUCCUUAGUGGACUAAGAGAAGCAGGCAACAUCUCUGUCUUGGCGGGAUCUAGUGGGAUCAAGUCACCCACCGUGAAGAGAGAAUCACAAUCUCCUCUCGUGUCAAGAGCUCAUGCAAUUGCUGAGAUCUUUAAGAAACCUGACUUGGAGUUUGGUUGCUUCUCUGUUGUCUAUGAUAAGAAGACGGGACCCGACUCUCACGCUCUGCUGAAAAUAAAUCUCAACGGAAAGAAGACGGGGCUCGAUGAAGAUUUGGAUGUUCCGAUUGCCCGCUUAAAAAAAAGUUGCUUGCCAACUGGUAAGGUAAACGAGGAGGAUGGCAUUGGUGGCAUUGAGCACAAAACAGUUCAUGUGUAUGCUACGCUUACCAGGAAGCAAUGCCUGGAAUUAAUGGAGGUAAGGGGAGGUGAUGCGCAUCGCUUGAAAUAUCUCCUUGACGUAUUACAAGUCAAGUUAGUGGGAAGGAAGGACUUGGGAGAAGCAGCAGAGAAGGUUGUGUAUUCUGGGCUCUUACACUCCCUUCUGAUCCCUUCAUGAGGAAAUAUAUCGUGCAUAGGAGAGUUUACCGAACAUUACAUAAGUGCGUCUAGCACCUAGGCCAAGAUGCAGUGUCUUUAAAACCUAAAGAGGGAAGUCCAGCCAUAUUGACUGAUUAUCUGACAUACUUGGCUGUAGAUUCGAGCUAGAAUGCGUGCAUGAAACCUGAUGGUGUUCAAUCACCUUUUUGGCAUGUGUUCAAUAAUAAUAUGACAAUGAUUGUAUCAACGCAGUCAUUUUGACGCUGUCC